AAGCAAUAUACAUCCCCGGAGGCACCAGCUGCAGAGGUAGCAGAUGGCGAUGCCGGAGACUCGACGAAUCACGCCAAAUCGACCAGGGACGGAGCGUGCGGCUCUGUAGUUGUGCUCGAACCUUGCGGCGUGAAUGUCGUCGAACAAUCCCCCCCGCGUCAUGACGAUUCGCGUCUGAUUCCAGCACACCACGGGGCACCAGACUCUGUCAACGAGAUCAGCAAGCCUCCGCCCGUCGCUGCCAUCGCGCCGCCUCGCAGGAUGGCGUUGUCACAGCAGACCCCGACCCAAGUCAACGACGACCGUGACUACAGCGAAUACUGCGACCUGGUACCCUCGAGCCCCGUCAACGGAAACACCCAAGCCGGAUCCAUCGAACCGCGAACGCUGCAAGGCAACGAAUCUGGCGCCGUCAACUUUGGUCUCAGCGAGGUUGUUCGGCCAUCGUCACAAGUCUCUGAGGAUGCCGGCUUCGAGAAUACUAGAGGUGAAUGGAGGCGGCCGGACGAAACACCACAACUAAACUCGAGCCAUGCCUUCACGCCGCGUCGGCCCCAUGGCGGCGCGUUUGAGACUCCUGCACUUCCGAAGAACCCAUUCGCGACGAAAGGAAGCAUCGCGGCACCUCUUGCCGGCAGCCAGCUCUUUGGCCAGACUCAGUUCUCCUCGGCCGUGAAGAAAAUUAGCCCGACGUCCUCGCGACCUUCCCCGAACCUCUUCAACUCCAUUUCCCCCAUCAUUGAGACCUCGCCGCUUAAGAACAGAGCCAAUGUUUCUUCGCCAACCGAUAUCCGAACCUCGAGUCCCCCACGGCUACACGAAAUACCGAAUACAUCUCUGAGGGACAAGGAUGGGGAACCAGUGGAGGCCGAAACCCCGCUCAACAGUAGAUCUACGGGCGGCGACAUGAUCCCAGAGUCACCCCCAUCCUCCGACCGUACCCCACGGGCCCAGGCACCUAAAUCGCCACCCAAUACUUCUGAGAGUAUCGGGCCGAUGGCGCAUUACGAGCCAAUGAAGAAGUCACAGGAGAGAAAGACGAAUGGCGAGGCUGCAGUUCCCUAUCUGGGAUCAGACAGUGACUCCGAUGAUGCUAUCCGACGAAUGGAACGGCGCAAGAGAAUUGAAAGGAGACGUGCUCAAGCUGCAGAGGAAAUGGGGAGAGUGAGCUUUACACCCAGAGGCAGACGGGAAUUAGAAGAACAGCCAUCACGGAAGAGAAGGAGGGUCCUGUCCAGCCCCUCAGCCAACGUAGCCCAAGAACACGCCAAGCCGGGACUGGUUCAGACGAAGGGUGAUGACUUGCCUCCCCUUGUGGAUGAUUCUCAGAACGCGGUGGUGGCUUCGAACGAUACUCUUCCCGUUGCCUCCACGAAAGCCACUCCAGGGGAGGGUGAGCUCGAAGAAGAUGGAACGGAUCACGACGGCGAUACCAUCAUGGCACUUGACGCUGAGAAACCUGCAACAGAAGAAGAGAUGAUCCCUGCGACUAGUCCAGCGCCAUCUAUUCCACCCACCGCACCACUGGAUCUACCACCUCCUCCUUCCGAACCUGAACUACCAAGUCUCAUUAUUGACGAUGUGGAAGCCCAAGUGGAAGAAGAUGAUGAUGAGGAACCUUCAUCGCUUCCGCCACCGCGAAGGAAGAAUACGAGAAGUUAUGGCCAGACGGUUCGCCAGCGCCGCAGGAACCCAUUUAUCAGUUCCUCCAACUCGGAUGCCAUUACAAUCGACCAUGAGCACAAGGCGAAGCCCGCCUCAUCACCAUUGAAAGACCUCGUUCCCACCCCAGUGCCCAAAGAAAUGGAAGAAGAAGUCACCUCAUUAAAGGAUGAGACGACGGAUGGAGCUGAAGUUGUCGCACAACCACGGGUUUCUAAGAGAUCACCGAAGAAAUCUAGAGCAGAGCUGCCGCCCCCCAUGACGACGCGUUCUCGCCGUAGUGAGACGAACCCAGCCACUCCCCUCGCCGCACGCUCCGUUGGCAAUAUUUUGCCGACCUCGUCCAGCCUGAGCAUUCUGUCUUCAACACCUGUACCAUCAGCAAAGACCACCCCAGGUACACAGGAUUCACCCGUUUCAGAUCGACCCGAGUCAGUUACUUUACCUUCCCCUGCUAAAGGCCGAGCCCGAGGUUCACGAAAGAGGGACCCCCGAGGGGGGAGCAAGUCCGAGUCGCCCCAGCCUACAAAAAGGGCUACCAGGAUGGCGAAGCGAUUUCCGCGACUGGACUCCGAGUCCACUGAUGAACUUCAUCAUUCACCAUCAGCAAGUGCGCUGGAAAAGAGCAUAAUCCAUUCAAAGUCCAACAGGUCUUUCAGACAGAGCUUAGGGUCAGUGCACAGGACCGGGCGACUAUUCGAGAACAUGGUCUUUGCCAUCUCCUUUUCAAGUCAGGUUAAGCCGCAGGAGCGAACCAAAUUGGAGACGAAAAUUGCACAAGCUGGAGGCACGAUUCUGCCCGAGGGAUUCCAGGACAUGUUUGAGCAGUCAUCGAUCAUGAACACAACAAGCCCCGUCAUCGACGAAGAGGAUGCUCUUAAGCUCACCAAAUCGAGUUCCGAGAGCGGCUUCACGGCCCUAGUGGCAGACGGUCAUUCCCGCAAGGCCAAGUACAUGCAAGCUCUAGCGCUAGGGUUGCCCUGCUUGGCCCAUCAAUGGAUCACAGCCUGUCUGAAUAAGGGGUCUAUCGUGGACUGGGAGCCCUACGUUCUUUGUGCGGGAGUCUCCGCGGUGCUUGGUAACGCAAUUCGAUCACGGACUCUUCCACCCUAUUCUGCGGCGGAUGCCCGACUCGCAGAUGUCAUUGAUCAACGACCCCGACUCCUUGAUGGCCAGCGAAUUCUGGUGGUAGUGGACUCUAGGAAGGCGCGUAGCGAGGCCAAAGAACCGUACAUAUUCCUAGCCACGGUCCUAGGCCCAUCCAUUUCAAGAGUGUUCACAAUUCAACAAGCCCGCGAGGUAUUGCUAGAACACCGGAAGGCUGGGAAUCCAUUCGACUGGCUCUACAUCGACAAAGGCACGGGCACUGUCGAGGCUGUCCUUGCACCGCCGGUGGUAGCAGGCACCAAGAAGCGGAGAAGGUCUGGGGCGGCGCAGCAGACCAUACGUGAGAUACGAGUGCUGGAUGAUGAGUUAGUGAUCCAGAGCCUGAUUCUGGGGAGGAUGGUUGAGGAGGACGAGAUGCAUGCUUAAGGCGAGAGAAGAAGGGCGUUCGCGGACCAUUUGGUGCAUCUUCAUGUCUCUGGAUAAAGAGACUACAUUGGGGUUGGGGGAGGUUGGGUGGUUACAUGUUGAUAUAAGGGAGGUCUUGUAUCCUCGGCGUUUGGACAUUUUUGCUCCCUGAUGGCUUCAGGGUAUGGACUUCAAAAGGGGUUGACAUUUUUUUGGUAGAUGUAUCGCCAACAUGGAUUAUCACGGGUGAUGCGCACUGCGCUUCUCGUUUGAAUACGGUACCGUGUAAUUGUUGAAUGUUUUAUUCACAUCCCAAUCGUACAAAAUGAAAAUGGCAAUGGUUGUGUCGGAAUGGGUCCAGCAAGGUAGAUAUAAAUAGUUCAACCGACUUUGAUAAUGCCGACUCUUGAAUAUCGG